AGCGCCUGGCUGCGUUUAGCUGAGCCAAUCGUGGUAGCGAAAAUCUGGAGUAGGCGUGAGGCCGUGUUCCUCUUUGCUGUGAAAGAUAAUCGAUCUUGUGAAUUUCUAAAGAGACAGAUUUGAUACGAGGAAUCAAAAAAGGAGUUCGAUUGGCAGCAGGAGUACUGCAUGCCACCAUGUCUCUAGAGUCCCCUGUGGCCCCACUGGAGUCCAGUAUGCCCCUCAGCCUGGAGUCCAGUGAUGCCCCCUCCCCCAGCCCUGACCCUGCGCCCUCCCUCUCAGAAACCCCCAGCUCCCCCCCCACCCUGCCCCCCUCCUCACCAGGUGCAGUCCCCUCCCCACCCACCCCGGUCCCAAACGCCGCCUGCAAGAUCAUGACCUUCAGGCCCACCAUGGAGGAGUUCAGCGACUUUGGAAAGUACAUCGCUUACAUGGAGACCCAAGGAGCUCACCGCGCUGGCCUGGCCAAGGUAAUCCCACCCAAGGAUUGGAAGCCACGGCGCACUUACGACACCAUCGAGGAGAUGAUGAUCCCCGCGCCAAUCAUGCAGGUGGUCACCGGCCAGUCUGGCCUCUUCACCCAGUACAACAUCCAGAAGAAGCCCAUGAGCGUCGGAGAGUACCGCAAACUGGCCAACAGCAAGAAGUAUUGUACCCCGCUACACAAAGACUUUGAUGACCUGGAGAGGAAGUACUGGAAGAACCUGACUUUCGUCUCGCCCAUUUAUGGUGCCGACAUCAGCGGCUCCCUCUAUGACCCAGACAUCACAGAGUGGAACAUUGGUCACCUGAACACGCUGCUGGACAUGGUGGAGCAAGAGUGUGGGAUCGUGAUUGAGGGGGUGAACACGCCCUACCUGUACUUCGGCAUGUGGAAGACCACCUUCGCCUGGCACACGGAGGACAUGGACCUCUACAGCAUCAACUACCUGCACUUCGGACAGCCCAAGUCCUGGUAUGCUAUUCCUCCAGAACAUGGGAAGCGGCUGGAGAGACUAGCUCAAGGUUUCUUCCCGGGCAGCUCUCAGGGGUGUGACGCCUUCCUGCGCCACAAGAUGACGCUCAUCUCCCCCUCCAUCCUCAAGAAGUACAGCAUCCCCUUCGACCGGAUCACUCAGGAGGAGGGGGAGUUCAUGGUCACCUUCCCGUAUGGUUACCACGCCGGCUUCAACCACGGCUUCAACUGUGCCGAGUCCACCAACUUCGCCACGCUUCGCUGGGUAGACUACGGCAAGAUGGCCACGCAGUGCACAUGCCGUAAGGACAUGGUGAAGAUCUCCAUGGACGUGUUUGUGCGCUGCCUGCAGCCCGAGCGCUAUGAGCAGUGGAAGCAGGGCAAGGACAGUACCGUGCUCGACCACCAGAGGCCUACCACACUCAGCUGCCCCGAGCUCGAGCACUGGAGGCAGAACAAGGUCACCUUCAGAGAGAAGCUCUUCAGGAGAGCCAUGCAGAAGAAGGAGCAGCUGCGGCGCCUGAAGCAGGAGGAGGUGCGUGUGCUGCAGGAGGAGGGCGUGGAGCUGGACCUGGCGGAGUACCAGCAGCAGGUGGAGUCCAAGGAGGCGCAGCGGCGGCAGGAGCGCGACGAGCGCAUGGCCAAGGAGGCGCUGCUCACGCUAGAGGCUCUGGAGAGGGAGGAGCAGCUGCAGCAGCAACAGCAGCUCACUGAGGAAACGCUGGCAGACACACAGCCUCCUCUCCAGGAUGGAGAGAUGAAGAAAAAGAAGAAGAAGAAGAAAAAGAUCAAGGUGAAGACAGAGCCCAUUGAUCCUUCCUUUGAGGGCAUCUUCGAGAAGUUUGCCACCACCAACAUGAUGACGGGGAGCCAAACAGUUCCAGAGGACGCCGAGAGAAAACCUGUGCAGGUGAAGAAGUCUCGCCGACACCCCAUCAGCAAACCCCCCAUGAGGUCCCCACUCUUCAUUGUGAAGCAGGAGACCUUCAGUGAUGAAGGGGGCGACGCUGAGCAGGAAGUCCACUCCGCCGGCCACCUUUGGCAGGACCACUCCCCAAACCUGCUCUCCGAGCGACGCUUCAACGCAGCCAUGGCAACCAUCGAGCCACACUGUGCUGUGUGCACACUGUUCUGUUCAUACAAACAGAAGGAGGCCCCCCCUCUGGACUCGGCGUCACUGCUGUUGUCUCGCUGUGGCAGCUUCACGUGGCCGCUGGUCCCUGAGAUGUGCUUCAGCUCCGGGGGUGAGAACACAGAGCCCCCCCCCUCCAGCACCGUCACCCGUGACGACGGCACCAGCCUGCUCCUCUCCUGCUCCAGCUGCAGCCUGCAGGUCCACGCCAGUUGCUAUGGUGUCCACCCGGAGAUGCAGAAGGAAGGUUGGAUGUGCUCAAGGUGCACAGCAGUGGCCUGGACAGCAGCCUGCUGCUUGUGUAACCUCAGGGGUGGAGCUUUGAAGAUGACAACAGAUAGCAGGUGGGUCCAUGUGAUCUGUGCCAUAGCGGUCCCAGAGGCUCGCUUCGUCAACGCCACCGAGAGGGAGCCAGUCGACGUAACUGCUAUCCCUGACACCAGGAAAGGCUUGAUCUGUGUGUACUGCCACAAGCCCAGCAGGCAGCCGUGCGGCGCGUGUGUCCAGUGUUCCCACGAGAGCUGCUCCACCUCCUUCCAUGUCACCUGCGCUCACCUGGCCGGGGUCGUCAUGAAGCCCGCCGAUUGGCCCUACGUGGUGUCAGUCACCUGCCCGAAGCACAAACAGACCAAUCAGAGGGUGAAGCUGGGGUCGCGGGACCUGUCGCUAGGCCAGCAGGUGAUUGGUCGCUAUAGCAACGGCUGGUUCUAUCGCUGUUUUAUCAUCGGCACUGCCACACAAACUCUCUAUGAGGUCAACUUCGAUGACGGCUCCUACUGCGACAACAUCUACCCUGAGAACGUGGUGAGCCAUGACUGCCUGCGCUCCGGUCCCCCUGAAACGGGGGAGAUCCUCUGUGUGGGGACCGCGGACGGACAGAUGCUCAACGCCUCAUUCAUCAGGGAGCUAACACAGCGAUACUACCAGGUGGAGUUUCAGGAUGAGUCCCAGCUGCUUUUGAAGCGCUCUGAGAUACACACACUAGACCAGGAGCUGCCCAAGAGAGUCAUGGCACGCCUGGUCCUGUCCGCUGUGAAGCAGGAGUCUCACUCUCAGGAUGAUGACGAGGUUCAAGCUGCCAAGAGGCCACGCCUCCCAACCCCGCCUCCCCAGGUCCAGGCUCCACCCAUGCCAGCCUCGGAGCCUCCUUCGGGGGGACCCCUCCCCCUCCCCCUCCCCCAGGAUGAUGACCCCCAUCCCCAGCGGGGCCCCUGGCCCCGGCCCCUACGGGCACAUCCCUGCCUCCUCAGCGCCCCCCCACCAACCCUGCCACUCACCCAUGCUGGCCCCCCCCUCGCAGGGCCAGGACAAUGUGUACACCCCCAGCACCGGCUACGUGGCCUACAUGGAGGCCCUGCUCAACUCGAACUUCCCCCCCCCCGAUGAGGGGGGUGCCUCCCUGGGCCAGGGGGUCAUGUAUUAAACACACACACACACACACACACACACACACACACACACACACACUUUAAUAUAUAGAUACUCACCUAUACAAACAUUAAUAUAUAUGUAUACACAUAAUGUCUACAGACACAUAACCCAUAUAUAAACACCACACACACACACACUCCAGCUUCCCCCAUCCUAAUCAUGUUCCAAGGAACGAACUCAGAACUGAACUUGUCCGUCUGCAUGUGUGUGUUUUUGUACAUUUGUUAUAUGAUUUGUUGACUGCUGUUGUUGAGCUCCUCAGCAGGUGGAGAUUCAUCACCUCCUUUUCACCUGCAUAGUACCUCUCUCGCUCUCUCACACACACACACACACACUCUUCAUCCCUACCCCUCUCUCUCUCACACACACACACACACUCUUCAUCCCUACCCUCUGUAGGUCGGGGCCCUCAUCAACAUGUGCUGUUACUUUAUGUGUUCUCAUAAGUAUUUUUCUACAGUGAAGCCACACACACACACACACUCAGCUAACUCACAGGAAAGAGAACCGGUCAGACGAGCACUGUGUAUAUGUACAGUUGGGUGGGGGGGCUGUGGGGGGUGAGUUUAUUGGGUUCAGGUGUUUCAGUGUCAUGUGUAGAGCCUAUAUCUGAGAAUGCAAACCGUGAAGAGAUGUGUGUGUGUGUGUGUGUGUGUGUGUGUGUGUGUGUACACCUCAACAUCACUGUAUCUUUGUGUAGGACCACUGAGUGUGUGUGAUGCUGUGAAAAGAAAGACGUAAUUGUGCUUUUGUCAAACAAACACACACACACACACACACACACACACACACACACACACACACACACACAGGAGAGCAUGUGGUUCUGCUUCUGUGAUGGUUUUGUAGCAGUCUUGGUCAUGUGUAGAAUAUUGGAUACAACACGCUUUCUCUUUCUAUUAUGGUUGUUGAUAUGCUUUCUAAAGUUUUCAUUUUGUGAAAUUCUUGAAACAAUGUCAGAGGAUGGCAAAAGAGAUGGUUUUGACAGAUUUAUAACUCUUAUUUUUUAGAGAUUUUAGACACAAAGAAUUCAGCUUUUAUUCCUGAUAUUGAAAGUCAAUUUUCAAAGGUUUGUGAAAUAAACUCAACUGAUGGUGCUACCGAA